AUGGAGUCUCCUUUUCCCAAAUCAUCUUCAGUGGCCGGCGAAGGCGAGAUCAUAGCCCAGCUCCUGCCCAAUGGCUUGUCAGGUCUCAAGGGCAUGUCAUAUCAGUACCCCCUGAAACUCAUCUCUCCGACACCGGCAGCCGACCAGAAAAGCGUUCUGGUAUUUCUGCUUUCCUACGGCGGUGGACUUGUCGGGGGCGACAGCGUCAAUCUCUCUAUCCGCACUCUACCGGGAUCAAAACUCAGUAUUGUCACACAGGGUCAUACGAAGAUUUUCAAGUCCGCGUCUCCUGACAUCGUCACGCGCCAAACGCUCAGCGUCCACAUAGAAGAUGGUUCCGGCAUCUGCCAGUUGCCAGAUCCAGUUCAGCCUUUUGAUGGAAGCGUUUACGAGCAGACUCAGAUAUUCACAGUUGCCCCCAACGCUUCUCUGUGUCUACUGGAUUGGGUGACGCAAGGCAGAACGGCGCGUGGUGAGGAUUGGAGCUUUGUCAAAUGGACAGGACGCAACGAAAUCUGGCUGGAAAAACAAGUGCCCAACCAAAAGAACCGUUUGCUGGUGCGAGACACAGUCAUCCUAGACAGAGACAGCCAAGGCCUAGUAGGGAGAUCGCUACGAGACUCUAUGCAUGGAAACGGCCUCUUUGGAACUUUGAUCUUGAGAGGGUCCCAGAUGCAAUCAUUAGGCAAUUUCUUCCUCGAAGAGUUCGGUGCUUUGCCUCGCAUUGGCGCGAGGGAUUUCAGAUCAGCCGAGGCCAAGGCCAAGGAAGAAAGCAACUUGACUGAGCAUGAAUUAUGGAGGCUUAAGCGCAUAGAGAUGGAGACGAAGGAAGGUAUCUUGUGGUCGGCUGCGAGAGUCAGGGGAUGUGUUAUUGUGAAGUUUGGAGCAAGUACAGUUGAGGCUGGCCGGCUGUGGAUUGGCAUCAUGCUGAGUCGAGAAGGCACGAUUGCAAGAGUCUACGGAGAGCAAGCAUUGAUGUGCUCAUCAUGCCAGAGGGAGCACCCCCGGCUCGAGGCGCUGGCAGGGGUCGACCCCGAGGGACUAGAGGAAGAGGAAGAGGAGCUGCUAGCAGUGCCGCACCUAGCACCGAGGGACCAAAUUCGACUUCGAGACCAUCUUCAGCACUGGGAACAGCUUCGGCAACCGCUGUACCUUCCAGAACCGCAACACCCAACCCUCCCGCAACCCGAGGCACUUCAGCCAGCAGAUUUCGCCCCAGAGUGGGCAAAAGCAGAAGCUCGCGCUCAAGCUCGCUCCCGAGGCCGCAGUCGGCGAGCUCGUGGUGAUGCCAUGGGUCGUGGCGGUUUCAUGUCGCGAGCAGCUGUUGCUAGUGGCCCGUUCUCGCAAAUGACAACAGAAGGAGGUGGCAGAUCCGGCGGAGGAUGGGGCGGUGGUGGUGGUGGUGGAGGCGGCGGAGGAUUCUUUGGCGGCGGAGGCGGCGGCGGCCGAAAGAGAGAGGGUGGCGCGUUUGGAGAGGCUUCAGGCCAUCGCGAAGCACGAAUCAACGCCGAUAGGCUCGCCGGAUAUCCUGUCGAUCGCGAACCCGACUCUGACGACGAAGAGACGGCGGCCCUCAUUGGCGCAAAGCCUGGUAACAUUUGGCCCAUGGGUAUCGCCCGUAUCGACAAGAAAGAAGAGAAGAAGACGAUUGCGACCUCGGCCGAACUUGAGGCAGAAGAACAGGGCAAGGCCGAAGAGAGCCUCUUUGUCGAAGGCGAAGGAUGGUCUGGUGCCAUUCCCCCGAUGGAAGAUGAGACAAAGGUCUGGCAUGCGGCACCCAAGGGUGUGGUCCAGGUCAAGGCAGAACCUGGCGGCGAACCAGGUGCUAUGGAUAUUGCGCCGGUCGACUUCAACGCCCACAUCAAAUCCGCGACUCCCGAAGCCGAGGAAGAGAAGAUCACCCCUGAACCGAAGACAAAGAAGGCAAUGGCCGAUCCCGAGGUGGAAAUGAUUACACACGACAUGGAGCUUCUGUUGGGCGAACUGGGCACUGUCACCGACGAAAACUCCAAGGCACCCGAGACAGAGGUUGCGAGCAAGGACGGACGUCUAUACCUCUUCCAGUUCCCGCCCUUGCUGCCGCCACUGCAACCUGCGACUGCGCCCAAGGUCAAGCCAGAGCCCGACGACGUUGUCAUGCUCGACCAGCCGGGCGAAGCUGUCGACCUCACAAAGGCGGAAGAGAGCUCUAAACCCAAGGUCGAGGACGAUAUUGAUCUCACAGACAUCAACCAGUUGGUCUCCCAGGCUGGAAUGAUGGGCAAGCUCAAGGUGCGCAAGUCUGGAAAGGUCGAGCUGGACUGGGGAGGCAGAACACUCGAACUCAGCCCGGCUGCGGGCAUGAACUUCUUGACUACGGCAGUGAUUGUAGAGGAGUCAGACGAAAAGGCGAAACAAGGUGUUCCUGGUGGAGACAGUAUUGGCAUGGGUAAGAUCAUGGGCAGAUUUGUUCUCGCGCCGACUUGGGGUGACGAGGAAGAGUGGACGGUUGACCCAGAGGAUCUUGUUGUUCCCGAAGCGUAA